AUGAAAAAUGGAAAAAUAGUCACCCUAUACAAAAAGAAAGGUGACUGGAGUGACUGCAACAGUUAUCAGGGCAUCUCACUUCUCAGCAUUGCAGGCAAAGCCUUUGCCAACGUGUGUCUAAAGAGGCUACAGGAUGGCCACUUCAAGCUCCUUAAAAAGAUUGAAUGCCUUCCUAAAUUGCUGGCAGUUGUAAGAUCCUUUCAUGAUGGAAUGGAAAGUGUGGCAGAGUUCAGUGGAGAUAUCUCUAGCCCCUUUGAGAUAAAAAGCGGAAUUAAACAAGUGUGUGUUUUGGUACCAAGUCUCUUUGGAAUUUUCUUCCCCAUGCUGCUGAAAGUUGCUUUCCCAGUGAAUGAUGAAGGAUGCAAAACACCCCUAAGGAUCACCACUGAUGACCAUGAACUUGAAACAGUACAUCGGUUCACCUAUUUAGGCUCAACAGUGACUGACAAUUUCUCUCUAGAUAUUGAAAAUAACAUCAGAAUAGGCAAAGCUGCUACCAUGACGGGCAGAUUAAAAGAGAGAGUUUGGAAUAACUCAAAACUGACCAUGAACACAAAGGUCAUGAAACGUAUUCUAAACAUUCACUGGAAAGACAGAACACCCGACAGUGAAAUUCUAGCACACACCAAACUCAUCAGUGUACACUCCAUGCUUCUCCAACGCCGUCUUCACUGGCUGGGACAUGUUAGGAGAAUGGAUGACGAAGGGACCUCAGAAGCAUUUCUCUACAGAGAGCUGGCAGUUGGGAAGAGUCCGGUAGGAAGACCAAGACUCAGAUUCCAGGACGUGUGCAAAAGAUCUUUGUAG